UCUGCGCGCGAGGGGGAGGACGUCAUCUAUAUUCACAUCUAUGCAAAGUUUCCCAGCAUUUCAUCUCGACACUUUCUGCCCAUGUAAACGGCUGGAGUCCCGUCCAGAGAAUCAGACAGCUGCUGGUGCUGAUGCUGGAGCAGGGAGUCUCAGCAUCCUCUUCCUCCGUCAUUAGUCGAGUUCGGGCUCUCCACCGCACCGUCGGCACCAACGCGGGAGAAAACACCGAUUUACUGGUCAACCAACUGGCUGGCUGCAAAUAAAUGGAAGGACCUAAAGAAUGAGUCAUCUUUCAUCUGCUGUUUAACAGUUUUCUGAACGCCUAGCUGCUACUCAAACAACUUUGGGACUUAUGGAGGCCUCUCCAAACUCGGACAACAUCAGCAACACCUCAGCUGGUUUGGGCCAGAGAACAUGGGCAGAGUCCAACGUCUGCCCUCCCUCCGUGAGUGGCAUGACCCUUCUGAUCGUGGCCUACAGCACUGUUAUUGCGGUGGGAUUGGUGGGCAACACUUGUCUGGUCUUCAUCAUAUCCAGACAGAAGGAGAUGAGGAAUGUCACAAACAUCCUCAUAGCCAACCUCUCCUGCUCCGACAUCCUCAUGUGCGUGGUGUGCCUCCCAGUGACGGUCAUCUACACACUCAUGGACCGCUGGAUCCUGGGCGAGACGCUGUGCAAGGUCACGCCGUUCGUGCAGUGCAUGUCCGUCACGGUCUCAAUUUUCUCGCUGGUUCUCAUCGCAUUGGAGCGGCAUCAACUCAUCAUCCACCCCACCGGCUGGACACCAGCCGCAGGCCAUUCCUACCUAGCCGUGGCGGUCACCUGGAUGGUGGCCUGCUUCAUUUCCCUACCCUUCCUGUCCUUUAACAUCCUCACUAAUGCCCCGUUCCAGAACCUCAGCCUUCCGUUCAACCCGUUCAGCGACCACGUGAUUUGCAUGGAGCUCUGGCCUUCCGAACGCAACCGUUUGGCAUAUACCACCUCGCUUCUGCUUUUCCAAUACUGCCUACCCCUGCUUCUUAUUCUACUGUGCUACUUGCGCAUAUUCCUGCGUUUACGUCGACGGAGAGACAUGGUGGAGCAAGCCACCGAGGCCCGGCAGAGGAAGGCACGGGGCGCUCAGCGCAUCAACGCCAUGUUGGUCAUAAUCGUGGUGGCUUUUGCUCUCUGCUGGCUGCCGCUCAACGUCUUCAACACCAUCUUUGACUGGUACCACCAGGUGCUUCCUUCUUGCCAGCACGACGUCAUCUUCUCAGCCUGCCACCUCACGGCAAUGGCGUCCACCUGCGUGAACCCGGUGGUGUAUGGCUUCCUCAACACCAACUUCCAGAAGGAGCUAAAGGUGACUCUUCAACGCUGCCAUUGUGGCUGGGGUGUUCCAGAGACCUACGAGAGCUUCCCGCUUUCGACGGUGGCCACUGAUGUCACCAAGGUGUCGUCGAUGCAGCAGGGCUCUCUGAUGAGAACGGAACAGUGUGCUCACUGCUAAAGAGACGGCAGGAACGGAGGGAAGAAUGAGGGGAGGGGUUGAGGAUGAACUGGCACUGUUUCCAUGGAGACGUGGAAUGUCUAUGUGGGUUUCUGCUUCAGUUCGUACCCGAGAGAUCUAAAAACAACCUCAACCCACUGUUGCCAUGUUUUCAGUGGCCCAGGUCUGGAAUGUGGUGUGAUGUUUUGUUAAUGACAGCUAGGGUCGUCAUGGCAUUAUUCCUGUCUCCGUGUACGACUUGUAUGGGAUAAAUAUUCCAUCAAGAAUGUGAUUAUUCCUCUUAUGACACUUUCAGGCUGUUAUGUUAGGAAAGGAAGGACUGAUUUAUGAUUCUUGAUUGUUUUAGCGUUCAUUGAACACCAGACAUUUCACGUCUAACAGCAAGUUGUUGUUAUAAUGAAAGUAUUUUUCAUGUACAGUUCUUUUAGUUAUUUAUUAAAAUCACUGUAGCAGGGAAUCGGUGCCCUCACUAAAGUAUUUCUUCUGUUCAUUUCUGGUUUUGUUAUUGUUGUCGGUGUUGUUGUUAAAUGAAUCGAAGCUAUUAGCAUUUAUUGUGUUGCUUUGGUGAGACAGCUUGUGCUGCAUUUUAACUUUGAAUCGUACCUCUGUAAUAUUGGGAAACAUAUUGAAUAUUUGAGCAUUGGUGUUAGCUUAACACAUCCAUCUUCUGGUACAACUGAUACAUGACUGUGCCGGUGCCAGUUUGGUAAGAAAUAUAUUCUUGAUGAAUGAAAUCAAAGCAAAGUUCAGUUUCUGACAAAGGUGUUUGGUGUUGACGUUGUUGUUGCCUUAUAAAUGGUAGUUCUGAAAGUGCAAAUAAAUUUGGAAAGAUGACAUCCA